CACGAGGACAGUCGAGCAUCGCGCUGCGAGUUGAGUUGUAAACAAACCGCGAACAUGGCUCUCUUGACGGACCGGUUGGGAUUAAACGAUCAUGAAGUUUUCCGUAAAUUACGACAACAUUUGCCGAGCCAACAGACGAAAACGAAGAACUUGAUUGUGUGCAAUGGUGACAUGCUGUUUGCGUGGGAUCCAGUGGACGAGUGCCUGCUGACAUUGUACCUCGGCUCGCGCGACUCCGGGGCCAAGGAUUACCAGACGCUGCUGCCGCUGCGCCCGCCCAGCUUCCCGGUGGAGAGGAUCCGGUGCUGCGAGACGGGCCGCCAGGUGGCGCUCUACGGCCCCAAGGGCGUCGCCGUGCUGGACGUGCCCAAGCGCUGGGACCUCUCCGGAAAGUUCCAGUCCGGCAGCAAAUCGUGCAGGCUCCGCUCCGUGCUGUCCUCGCCCGACAUGGAGGUGCGGCAGGUCCGCUGGCACCCCGGCUCGCCCAACGACUCCCACCUGCUGGUGCUCACCGCCGACAACUCCUUCAGGCUGUUCAGUACGGCGGCCGAGCCCGACGUGCGCCUGCUGCACGUGUGGCACCUCGGCCGCGCCCCCAUCGGCGGCGUCACCUCCUCCGCCAAGCUGCCCCUGCUGGGCGGGCUGGGCGAGACCGCCGUGGACUUCGACUUCGCGCCGCCCGUGUGCCAGUCACCGGCCGGCAAGCUGACUGCAGCAUCAACGGACCAGCUGGAAUGGCCCAUCAUGGUGCUGCGGGGGAAUGGCGACGUAUACUCCGUCACCGCCCCGCUGGCGGCCAAGAGCGGCACCAAGGCCGUGGUGCGCGGCCCGCUCACCAUGUACCCCCCUGCGGACGACAACUACGGCGUGGACGCGUGCUCCGUGCUGGUGCUGCAGACGUCGCCGCCGCUGCUGGUGGUGGCCACCUGCGCCGGCACCCUGUACCACUGCCUGCUGCUCGCCCCCGAGGACCACGACGUGCACCACGACGUGGCCGCCAGCAUGCGCGACCUGAGCGUGGUGGACGACGAGGACGCCCUCCGGAAGGACGCCUCCGCGGUGUGGAAUGCCUCCAGUAGUGCCAACUCCCUCGCGGGGCAGCCAGUGCUGCACGUCUUUGAGUCGGUGGAGCUGGAGCUUGGCUUGUCUCUGGAUGAGGGUCUACUUGACGACGCCUCCUUCAACUGCCCUUUACACCUCCAGAAACAUCCCACUUCUAACGACAGGUACCUUGUAAGCCAUGAGGCAGGCAUACACAUCCUGUUUUUGCCCUUGGUCGCUCGACUGAAUAAAUUUGUUGAUGCCUCCGAUGAUUAUGCUGAUAGCUUUCUUCCCAAAUUUGACUCACAGAGUAAUUCCAUUGCGGAAUACUUACUUUGCACCCGGGUUUGUGGAGCUACAAACGGAAAUACGCAGUCUGAAAAUCAAGUUGUAUCUCCCAUAUUGGGUCUUGCUCUUAGUCCUUCACCAGCCACACUCAUAGCACUGCUCUCUGGAGGAGAGGUGGUUAGCCUUUUGUUAUCAUCACUUCAUCUUCCAAGUUCUUCCCAUUCUCUUCUUUCAUCAGGGCUAAAAGUAGAAACUCCCAAGCUGAAUGAAGAAGCCUUUGAUGAGCACAUCCGUAACCUGCUUAAAAGUCGAGGCACCCUACCUAUUUUCAAGUUUGAAGAGAAGGCAAUGUCAUCUCCUCAAGAAUCAUUAAAGCUCAUUUAUCGAGUGACCCAGCUCUUAUAUGAAAACUACUUUCAAAGACAUGAACAGGCACAUGAAGAGAUUAAAAACAGGAUGAGGCGUUUGCAGAGAAUUAAACAGCAACAGAAAGAUGACCUUUCAACCUUAUCUCGUGAAAGAACAGAAAUCAAGUCCAAGACUGAAUCACUCCUUGAGAAACUGAAUGAGAUCAAGGCAAAGCAGGAGAGCCUCAGUGAUCGUGCUGAGCGGGUUUUACGUAAUGCAAGCAUGAAGCAACCUGUUGUUUCCAAUGCAGAAUUGCAAAUGAGGAAAGAACUUUCCUCCAAGCUAAACAAAUUGGAGAACUUGAAAGGGAAGCUAGAAAAUGUCAGAAAAUACUCAACAGAUCAAAAAGCCCAGCUGGAUCGAUGGAAUUACCAACAAAAGAAGAAGGCAGUACCACUUCAUGAAGAUCAUCAGAACGUGAUCAAGAACAACUUGAAGCAAAUGGGAACAGAUCUUGCCGAAUUGAAGAAAAAAGUGCGAGCCAGUCAAGUUGAAUUAGGAAUUAAACUUACUUGUGCUUAAUUUUUCUCCAUUUUUUUAAUGUAUUUCUCCUUUGUUUAAAACACUAUUGUACUUGUAUUGAAUAUAGAAUAAAAUCAAGCUGAAGAGUGAA